CAUAUCAGUAUGAAAAUUUAUACGCCAGUCUAAUCUGGUCGGAAACAAAGCAAGUGAUACCAAUAUGAAAAUAAUACCGCGCCUUUUAACAGCUUUUGCUCUAUUGUUGUUUUUUCGUAUACAUUAUCAAAAAACUUAUGAUGGAAUGCAAAUUAUGAAAGCCAGCGGAAAUAUCAGUCAGUUCAUAAAAAGAGAAAGAUAUGUUGAAAGUGAUACAAUUAUCUUGAUAUUAGCAUAUAGCAGAACUGGAUCAACAUUUGUGGGCUCAAUUUUUCGAGAAAUUCCUGGUUCAUUUUACCUAUAUGAACCUAUUCGAAAUCUUCUUUAUACAUUUGAAAUGAAAGUCGAUGGCACAUUCAGUGAUUUAAAUCGAAAUCCUAGGUGGCAUAAUAAAACGCAAGAAAUGGAAGUCAGUCUACAAGAGAUUAACUGUUGGGUUUCCUGUAACUUAAGUUCGGUAUGUUUGCCAAUACAGUUGGAAAACGAUUCAACACCAAAUGUGCAUGGAUGUUGUGGUAGGGAGGCAUUUAACUCCUGCUUAAAAGCAGAAGAAGCGUACUGUGAAAAUGCUUCUGUUAAAGUUAUGAAAUUUAUACGACUGAGGAUGAGAUCAUUAAUAAUUCUUUUGCAAUCACACGCAAACAUGAAAGUGAUUCAUCUUGUAAGAGAUCCUAGAGGAAUUAUGAGUUCGAGUGUGUUUAUAAGGUCAACAUCACAAGAUGUGCAUAAACAUUGCUAUAAUUUGCUCGACGAUCUAAAACAUUCAAAGAAGAUUCUAUUGCAAUACCCAGAAAGGCUACUUAUAGUUAACUAUGAAAAUCUUGCCGAUUACCCUAUUAGAACAGCAAGGGAAAUGUUCCAAUUUGCCGGAUUUAAUCUUUCAACUAAAAUCAAAGAUUAUAUCAAACGACAAACAUCAGCUGACAGAGAUUAUUGUAUUUACUGCACAAAAAGAAAAAAUUCUAGUGCAACUGCAAUGAAAUGGCGAACACAGCUUAGCGCAAACAGUGCUCGUUUUAUAUAUAAUGCUUGCGGAAGGACUAAUAAAGUGUUAGGUUAUCUGCAACUUUCGAGCGAAAACACAAUUAGAAAUUAUUCAUUUCCAUCAAGAAAAUUAGUAGAUAUACAUCAGGAGCUGUUAUCUGACACAUACUUUUAGGCCUUUCUGGUUGAACAUAGAUGGAAAAUUGGAAUGUUGUAUAAAUUGCAUGAAAAAAAAUGCAAGAAAGCUGAUGGAUGUAUGCAUAUAAUUUUAGAGUUGAAAACAUCUGUAUGCAUUUUAAUUAGUAGUGACGUCACUCCCAUUUUCUUGCACAUACGCAACCUUCUUUCACUUUUCUAGCCUAUGCAUUAAGCUCCGGGAAAAUAUUAAAACGGCGUUUCAUGUGCUGUUGUUGUUGUUAAGACAUGUUUUUCAAUAUUGAAAUACUAGUAUUGUGUCAGGGCUGAAUACUUACUCUUGUGUACGCUGUAGAAUUCCGGUCGACAAAGUAAAACUGGUCCUUACAAUAAAAAGUUCGUUUACAAAAUUACUGUUCUGUUAAUUAUGUUCUCGCUUUCCGAAUUCUUAAAUGACAUGCAAGCUAUGGUUAAUAGCAUGUAUUUCUUUAUCGGAGAGAAACAAAAAUUAUCGAUAUAAAAUCAUUAAAACAUACUUUUGUUGGUGUUGCUGAUUUGUGCACCCUGGUUAUGGACAUGUAAAAUGGUUACUAAAUGGUUACUAAACUUGGUACCGGAACGUAACGCAAGAGCAACUAACCUGAUGAUUUUUAAGAGAAAAACAAGAUGUGAUAGGCAACGGUUAAUAUAAAACAUGGUGCUAUUAACACACUGUUACUGUUACAUAUUAGAAAUAAUAAACAAAGACGAGAUAUUACUUUGUAUGGUUUAAAUUUUUUUCUGGUAUGCGGCAAGAAAUGGAUUGCAGCAGUGUCGAUAUAAAAUUGAAAGCUGCCGUGAGUAAUUGUAUUAUAGUAGUUAGGUGCGUUAGCAGAUAAAGCAGGGAGUAAUCAGAGCUUAUUUGUUUGAAGUACAUAGUAAAAGUUCGAAAUAUUUUCGGUUCAGCUUACAUAUAUGGUACAGUCCUAUCAAACAAAACCACAGUCAUAGCAACGAUCUUUGUGAAUAGCCAAACAUUUCAGGUUUAGUUCUCCACUAACAAUAACAUUUUUAAAUAAAUAUAAUACGGAUUCAAAGACAAGAACAUUUUUUAGUAUUCAUAUUGAUUUUCGGACCUCCAGACAGCACUAUAAGACUGCCUUUAUUUUAUAUCAGAUCAAAUGAAAAAUGGAUAAGAAAUAUUUUGGGGUAAAAAGGGAGUCCAUGGAAUUCAUUUGCGAACAUUAUAGCGUAAACAGGCUUCUGGCACAAUUUCUAGUAAGGUAUCAAUACGGGAUUGUUUUAGCUCAGAGAUCCAUGACAGCAUAUGAACUUUAACAUCUCUGAGCUGAUAUUUUACCUACUUAAAAACAAAUUAACCUCCAUUUUUAAUUUUAAUUUAAUUUCAACAGAUUUUAUACACCUACGGAAUAUUUAAAUUUAUGAACUGUCUGAAUUUUGCUACAAACAGCAUGCCUCUUAUUCUGUCUGUUUAAACAUUGAAAUUGAAAGAAGAAGGAAAAUACGGAUAUUUAAUACUUAUCGGUGUAUUCAAAUUUCAUUGAUAUUCGUAGAAAUCAGCAUAAUUGAUAACUUCACUAGUAUGCGCGUAAGUUUUUAAAAUCAAGUUUAAAUGUAUAUGUCGAGGGGCUCGUGUUUCCAUUGUAACGCUUUUUCUGUCAUUUCUAAACAACUAUGUAUAAAAACGGGGGUUUUGACGGCAUCAGUGCCAUUCUGUUAACGACCAACGUGGAAUAUUUGGGUAAUAUUAUUAACAAAAUAUCAAGCACUUUACAUGGCACCCAAUUUUUCUUAAAAUUUAAAGUAACCAUGGCAACAGAGAUGUUUAAAAUAGCUUCUAUCUUGUUUUUGUCACAAUAUCUUAUAAAAAUAUCUCACAUGUCAUCGUGUUACUUGCAAUGUAUUCAAACAAAUUUCACAGCCUAAUGUACAUACAGCAGUAACCUUCGCCUGGCAUUUUCAUUGAAAAAUCGUUCAGCAUGCUGCUAUUAUUUUCACAGAUUUAGUUGAAAUGAAAAUAGGAAGCCGAAACUUCCUAUUGAUUGUUUUCUUAAAUAGACCAGUGUCAACGCUUUUGAAUUUUACAUUUAGACAUAUAGGUCACAUACUUCGUUUCUAUGGUAACAUCAAUUUAAUGCAAGAAACCACAACUUUCUACUGAGAUUUGAACAAUUUUAGAUCUUAGUUUGAAAAUAAUAAGUAACAAAUUAUCAACGGAAACUAAAAAAUAGGUGUUGCAAAUCGAACUGUUGUUUUUUUGUAUUUGAUAAAGGCCGUAACAAGUAACCUUUCACCCAAAUAUAUUCCAAGUAACAUUGGUAACAAUCAUACAUUAUAUUUUACAUUUUGCUUAACAUUUCAAUAUAAAUACAUAAAAGAAGCAAAAUAUUGAUUAUUAUUCAGAGCAAUAGACUCAUAAAAAUAUUUCAGCUGUUU